AUGCUCAUCCCGGCCGCCGCCCUCAGCCUCAUCGGCCUCGCCGCCGCCUCUCCCCUUGGCGAGCGACAAGUCGUCCCCAACUAUCCGUCAAAAUCUACCUCCAAAGGCUUCCACCUGGUGGUUAAUGUCACCGAUCUUUCCAAGGACUUCGAGUCUCCCGUCCACAACACCUACGCCUCCAGCAUCCACGUCGGGGCCGGCCUUGCGCUCGUCGGCCAGAGCGCAAGCACUGGAUACGGCCGCAUUUUCUACCAGAAUGGCACCGUGGAUGAGCAGAGGUACAGCCAGUCCAACAUUCUCUCCGACAGCGGCACUCCCCCCUUCCCUUCGGGCCUCACGCUUGUCAAGGACCCCAACUCUCAGACCGUUUCGACGGCUCAUCUGAACGGCGGCGCUGGACAGUCCGGCAUUGGUAUCACGCGCUUUCCCGAACCAUACGCCUUCUUGGACCCCGAGACGUGGGUUGCCUGCAACGAGAGCCAGCCCUACUACGGGGGCAAGUACUUUGUCAUCCUCAAGCAGGCCGAGACGACCAUUGGUGACGAUGGUUCAAUCAACCGAAACAUUCCCGACGGCUGCGCCCCUGUGCGCCUGGUUCCCGAAUGCACUAAGCUGAACGACCUACCGGCUGGUUCUACCUCCAGCCACGAGUAUGCCCUCGACAGCGAGUGUUACCCUGACGUGAAAUCUCUGGAUUGGACACAGUACGGACCCUAG